AUGUUAAGUUUAAAUCUCUCGAAACCUAAUAUUGGAAAUCUUAAUAUCUCUAUUUCGAAAAAUCAAUAUACAUUUGAAUAUCCAUGUCAAACUAGUGAUAUUUGUACACCAUAUACAAUAGUUCUUGAUCGAGGAAUAUAUAAAUUUGAAACGUGGGGUUCAUCCGGAUCAGGAAAUGGAAUUGCUGGUCUUGGUGGUUAUACAUCAGGAAUAAUACAUUUGAGUAAUGUACAAACAUUUUAUCUAUUUGUUGGUUCUCGUACAAAUUUCAACUAUAAAACGAAUAAAGGAGAGUAUUAUUCAUAUGGAGGUGCUUCAUCGGAUGUCAGAUUAUAUGUCAACGAAAACAUUGAUUGGUUUAAUGAUUUAUCACUGAGAUCGCGAAUCAUGGUUUCAGGUGGCGGUGGCAGUGCUGAGUGGCCCGGAUCUAUUGGUGGUAAUUCAGGCGGAUUGACAGGUAGUGAUGGUUUUUCUGACUGCCGAUACAAUGGUGUUAUUUGUCCAGAAAUAUGGGCUAAAGGUGCAAAUCAAACUAAUGGUGGAACAGCAUCAAGACCAAAUAAAUUUAAUGAAGGAAAUCAACAAAGAGAUAAAUCAAGUUUUGAUGGAAUAUUUGGUAGAAUUCCAAUAUAUAAUGAUAAAAUUAAUAUUGGAGGGAUGGGAGGAAAUGGAUAUUAUAGUGGUGCAACAUUGGAAUAUGCAGGUGGUGGUUCUGGAGGAAGUUCUUUCAUCUCGGGCCACAAAGGAUGCAUAGCAUUGAAUAGUUCAUUAAAUGAAUUUCCAAAUCCAUAUAAUUCAAGUAUUCAUUACUCUGGAUUAUAUUUCACACAAACACAAAUGAUCUCAGGCAAUGAGACAAUGCCAUUAUAUUCAUCGAGUAACUCCAAAGGCAUCCGUAAUAAAAAUGAAGGCUGUAUUCGAAUUACAAUUCUCACGAAAGAUUGCAGUUGUAUUUGUAAUUCAUAUCUUCAUAUGAAUUCUUUUAUUUAUAAUUUCAUUUUUAUUUGUAUUGAUUCUGAGUAA